AUGUGCAGCACAUAUUCCGUUGAACCUUUAGUAUACGACAGCUACGAGUAUGUCUACUUAAAACCAAAGAAAGCUGGUACCAGUGCUGUAUAUUACCCCCUAAACAUAUCAUGGAAAUAUGUAGCCAAAAAAAAGUCAGUAGGCUGUUUUGGUUCUCGUAAGAAAUAUACUUUAACUCCAGAAGCUUAUUAUUACCCUUAUUACUACUACUAUGUAUAUUAUUAUCCCUCUGCUGCUCGUUUAGUACGUACUACAAAAAAAGAAAAGGUACUAAAAGAGAACAAUAACAAAGAGUCAGAAGACGAAAAAAAAAAAGAUAAUGUAGGAACAGAAAAAAAAGAAUGUGAUUGUUCAGAGAAAGAAAAAUAUAUUCCUACAUAUGUACCACUAACUGAAUCAUAUUAUUUUCCAACAAGUGCUUUAUAUGUACCAUAUUAUUCCGUCCUUGUACCAUAA